AUGUCCGCCUCAAAGACAUGGCACUUACUGCCGGUAGACCUGAUCGAACACCAGAUUGCGCAAAUUGAUCUUUUGAUGGCCAUGUAUCCAGACGAAGAGAUAACAGUAGAUAAGGAUUCCGAACACUUCUUGGAAAGAUUGAAGAUAUGCAUAGAAGAUGAAAGUGUGUCUACUUUCGACCGCCAAAGUGUCGCUUCAGUCAUGGUCUCACUGAACCUCGCCAUAACGAACACCAAUCGACUCGUAUUUGAUAUCGAGAUACCGUUUGCGCACAAGGAAGGGAGUUCGCCAGAAGAAGGCUCAAAGAUGAAAGUGCGGAUCCGGCAGCCCCUCUGGAUGAAUCGAGCAGCCACAGCACACAUCAACGCCACAAUCCCUGAACAAGAAGACCUCUUCAGCAUGAUCGAGCUCGCCUCCCAAUCAGCAGCUGAUAACAUUGCCCUGCAAAAAACUUCAGAAGAAGAGCAAGCAGCUAUUUUGAAUUCGAAAGUCCCUGCUGGUCCGCUUGUCCGCGCCUGGUUCUACUUCCCCUCCAUCUCGACACGUUCUAAGCGCGACGAUUUUAUCAUACACGCCCCUUCUUACUCUCUUACUGGUUUUCUAUUCGCUGGAAAGCCUGGACUUCUAUGCCUCGAAGGCACGAGUACGGAGAUUGAUGCCUACAUGAAGUGGAUCAAGACGGAAAGCUGGGGCGACAUUCCGGCGCAUCAUAAGAAGGUCUCCGAGCGGUAUCGCGAUGAAGAUAUCAAGGAGAGAGUAUUUCCGGAUAUGCAGGAGAUCACAGACACUGUUGGCGAAAGGCGAGGUACGAGGGCAAAUCGCGGGGAUAUGAAGGCCGUGGAGGAAUGGCUUGGUGAGAAGGGACUAGGGGAUGUUUUGACUAAGGUGUUGAUGUAA